AUGUUAUUGGAAACGCUAGAACAUCAGGCAUUGCAGUGGCUGGUACCCAGCCUGGUUUAAACCUUAACAAUACAUCGACAGGUGGAGCAUCUUGGGAACUCUACUCAACGACCACAGGGGAUGGAGUGGGAGUUGGUUUCCUGUCGUUGUUGAACACGACCGCUGGAGGAAGUAGCCCAGUCGAGCCCAGUCUUUCACGUCAAUAAGACGGAUAAUUCCUCCAAGUUAGCAUCUGCAACUGACUCAACAUCAACUACAUCAGCCCAACUCAGCAACAUGGGACCAAGGUUCGGUCUCCGCAUCAGCAACGUACGCAGCCGCAGUAAGGAACUCGCAGAUGCUAUCGAACGGGCGAAACAGAGUCAUGAGCAGCGAAUCGAACCGUUGGUCAAGGUCUUGCUGGAAGACAUAGCUGUCGAAGCGGCAAACAUGACCUCGGAAGUGCGAGCGUUGUGGGACGAUGCUGGGCACUUGAUCACUGAGCUACAGAAUGUCACCGAGCGCAUGUUCGACAUCCUGCGCCAGCAGUCCCAGCACAACGACGUCAUUUUGAAGCUCCUCGACGAAAUCAACACAGCCUUCGAGUAUGGAGAAGCUCGUGUGCAAAUCUAUGCCAAAUACCGAGAGUGGGUCGGCGACCUUCGGGACUAUUUGACCGAUGUCCUCAGUGAGAAAUUUGUGGGUCGCAACUACUCGCUCUGGGGACAGAUAGCCAAGGACAUUCGCAAAGAGCAGAAGACGAAAGCGGAAGCUCUCCGACGAGGAAAACCGACGCCUCAGUGCGUCAUCACCGACGCUUUGAAGGCCAUCCUGGCGACGCACAAUCUGACGCUGGACGAGCUCCAGGCGGUGCUCCAUAUGAAGGAAAACAGCAACACCACCUUCCACCGCGCCGAGAAUGAGACUUCUGAAGCCGCCAUCGCUGCGUUAGAACACUUAGCCUUUCCACCCGAUCUGAGACCGCUGAAGGAUGUGCUCCGUAAGACCAUUCAAGCGUGAGCGAGGAGGCGAACCGGGAACGGAGGUCUCUGGGUCUGCACGGAACAAGUGAAGGAAAGAAAGCGAAGAGCGACAACAGGAACACCAUGGCCCCGCGAAAGGCUUCCGGCAGGCACGUCUGUCCCCUAUGUCUCUACCUGUGCCAGAGCCGACAAGCCCUUCGCAGGCAUACGAAGGAAAUGUGCGCUUGUCCGCUGGCGGACCGUA